AUGAAUGAGUUAGGUCGCGGGUACGCCCGCAUUGAAGCAAUGCGUGGUGCUCGAGGGGAGCCCAUGGGCAGUGUCCCGGAGCCCAGCCCACCACCUCCAGAUAAAUAUAACUCCGUUUAUUUUACCCUGUUUGUUUCCGGUGCUGCUUUCUUACUACCAUUUAACAGUUUCAUAAUGGCAGUAGAUUACUUCCAACAUCACUAUCCAAAUUCGACGAUAAUGUUUGAUAUGUCGACUGUUUACAUCGCGUCUGCUUGUGUCGCUGUCGUCAUUAACAAUCUGCUGGUAGAUCUGUUCACUUACAACACUAGGAUAACAUUUGGUAUACUAUUGUCCCUAGCAACGAUGAUAUUUGUCGCGGUGUGCAACAUAGGAUGGGAUGGAUUUCCCAAUAAUGUGUCCUAUACUAUCAACUUAGUUGCAAUAGGAGUUGUCGCUUUCGGUUGCACAGUACAGCAAGCCUCCUAUUAUGGCUUCACAGGAUGUCUUCCUCCAAGAUAUACCCAGGCUGUUAUGGCAGGCGAAAGCGCUGCCGGUUUCUGGGUGUCUUUGGACAGAAUUAUGACGAAGUUCGAAUUCAGUGAACCUCAAAGAAGUACAUUUAUGUUCUUCACAUUCUCCAUACUCAUACUUUUGGGUCACUCGGUGCUCCAUCACUUGAUGAUGCGGCAUCCUCUUGUUCUACAUUACCUAAGGCUCACCGUGGAGUCCCGUCACAGGCGACGCAUUCAGCUACAUUUAAAUCCUACUGAAGAUGCUACUUUGAUGGAGAGUGAGGCUGGUGACGCAACUUAUGGUGUGUUGAAGUUACAAAGCCCUGCUCCUUCGAAUACAGGUGAAACAGAUAACGCGUUCAGUUUCGCUAAUCCCGUUUACUCACCAACUGCGAGUGGCCCAGAGCCUAGAAGCUCUAGUGGUGCUUCACCACCUCCAAGUGCUUCUCAACCUUCAGCUUCCCCUUCCGCGCUGCAAACCCCAAGGCCUUCAUACAAAGUUGAGGACGUGGUCUUCGAACCACCAGACCGACCUACCUCAUGGAGGGGCUUUAAACGUAGCGUGCAGGCACGAUGGUCAGUUGCAAGAGCCAUCUACCCUUACAUGGUUUCCAUCGGUCUGGUCUACUUCACAACACUGAGUUUAUAUCCCGGAAUUGCUUCUGAGGUACCUUCAUGUCGACUGGGGUCUUGGAUGGCUAUCGUUCUGAUGUCAUCUUUCAACUUCUUUGACUUAAUAGGAAAGUUUGCAGCGGCAUGGCCUUACGAAUGGAGUCGCAGCCAGCUACUGAUGGCCAGUGGUCUGCGGCUGCUGCUAGUUCCUUUACUUCUACUAUGUGCAGCACCUCGGCAUUCACCUCACAUUAUUGGUGACAUUUACCCAAUUAUGUUCUCCGUCAUAUUGGGCUUUUCAAACGGCUUGUUUGGAUCGGUUCCGAUGAUAAUGGCUCCUUCUCGAGUUGGGAGAGAACACCGCGAAAUAGCUGGUAACAUGAUGACGCUUUCAUACAAUGGCGGGUUAUUAUCUGGUACUCUUGUAUCGUACUUGCUUCUUAACAUGCUGGGACCGCCAACCGGAUCACCAUGUCGGAUAUACCCCACUCCGCCUUUACCAACAUUACCACCUAUUAUUACUACACCAUCUAACAUUACUUUUAUUACAACGCCUCAUUAA